ACAGAACACCCUUCUGUACAAGUCCGGUUUCUCAGAAAUACAACUUUAUUGUUCGGGCGGAAUUCAAUCACGCACUCAAACACAUAAUCAUACAAAACUACUGUACUAUGUGACGCCAGCAACCUGGGAAUUGGUCGCUAUGAGUACUCGGUAGUUGUCGCCAAAGCUCGGCUUAUUCCAUGACAUCAAGUUUUUAGUUCGGAAGCUGUUCGGUUUUCCACUUCGUAGUCGCGGUGCAGGGCGUUCGGUUAUUUCCGUCAGCUGUCGGGUCUCCUUUGACGCUAAGGCUUGGGUUUCGGCAAGCUUCGGCUCCUUUCGGAUCCCCCCUGACAGCGAGGCCUCGGCUGUUUCCGGCGCCGUUCUGCUUUUUGUCCUCGCUGCAUCAUGGCAGUUCCCGGGAGUUUCGGCGUGUAAAGACUGGAGCAGAGGAGAAGAGAGGUGGAGAAAUAGUUGUGGACACAUGGGAUGAAGAGGUAUCAAAGACAGACACAUACUGUAAAUUUCCGCACGCCGUACCCAGACCGUGGAGCCACCAUUGAGUAAAUCCACCUACAGCUUCUCCUCUUGUGUUUUUCCAUUUUGCCGCAUGAUCCCUGAAAAGUCGUGGAUUAUGUUUGUCUCACUCUUUCUGUGCUCCAUAAUCUGGCUGAAUCGUGGCUUCAAACUCAGAAUAACAGGCACUUAGAGCCGAGGGCUCCUCCUUUUACACUAUAUUUCCAUUUUUUGAUUUUUUUUCCCCCCCAAUAAACAUUUCAUUAAGGGGAUCCAAACCAUUCCUUUUGAACAAUAAUGUUAACAACUUUUGGUAAACUUUUCCCUUGUGUGUUUUACCUACAGUGAGCUAUAUACAAUUAUAAUUCUUGCAAAGUCCUUUUGUCUGCAAUGCCUUAAGACUUUUUUGAGCAUUAGAUUAAACAAACUUUAAUGCCCAUCAGGAGUUAGUAGGUGCAAGUACCAAUGACUACAGACGGGUUUCAGUACCGAGCACUCUAUCCUUAUGAAAAAGAGCGCGAGGAGGACAUCGACCUCUUGCCAGGAGAUGUCCUGACAGUCAGUAGAGCGGCAUUGCAAGCCCUUGGGUGCAAAGAUGGAGAGGAGCAAAACCCUGAUCGAAUUGGCUGGAUUUUGGGAGUCAAUGAAAGGACCAAACAAAAGGGAGAUUUUCCUGGAACUUAUGUGGAGUUUAUUGGGCCAGUUCGAAUGUCACUACCAGUUCAUCGCCCCCGUGGGCAACGUCCUUUGCCAGCCACUCCUACUCUACCCAGGACAGAGCAAUCCAAUUUACAAGGUACACCUCUGCCUGAACUGGUUGAUCAGUUUUCCCCUCCAGAUGUUGCGCCUCCAGUUCUUGCCAGAUUGCUUGAAGCUAUUGAAAAGAGAGGAGUGGACAGUGAAAUGCUGUACAGGACCUCUGGCUCGGAGUUCAGACACACACUACAAACUGAUCUGUCUUCAGUAGAACUGGAGGCUACCGAUGUACAUUCCUUGGCAGAGGCAGUGAUGGUCUUUCUACAAGAGUUACCAAGUCCUGUAAUACCAGUUCAGGUCCACCAAGAAAUUAUCCAGGCUCUUCUAGAGACCUCUGAUGAAGAACAGAAAAGAAUGCAAAUUUCCUUAAUUAUUCAACCACCAGUAGUCCCUUUGCAUCAUGUCCUCACAUUCCAGCACAUUCUCAGACAUAUUGUAAAUAUGUGCAGUGAGAGCAGUGGACUAACACACAAGAUGGCAGCAGAGAUAUUUGGACCACUUCUUCUCAGGCCUGUAAUAACAGGGGCUGAGGCUCUCCCUGACUUUCCUGUCCUUUUACUGGAGUUACUUUUGCAAGACAGAGGUUUACAGAAUGACCAACCCCCACCAGCCCUCCCUCCCAAACCAACAAAACCAAAACCUCCAAUGGUCACAGCCAGUGGUGGAGGAGGCACUUUGCAGGAGGCAGAGUGGUACUGGGGAGACAUUUCUAGAGAGGAAGUGAAUGACAAGCUACGGGAUACUCCUGAUGGGACAUUUCUGGUGCGAGACGCUUCAAGCAAAAUCCGUGGAGAGUACACGCUCACUCUCAGGAAGGGUGGAAACAACAGACUUAUCAAGAUAUUCCACCGUGAUGACAUGUAUGGUUUUUCUGAGCCUCUCACCUUCACUUCUGUAGUUGCUCUAAUCAAUCACUACCGGCAUGAGUCUCUAGCCCAGUAUAAUGCUAAGCUGGAUACGAGACUACUGUAUCCCAUGUCAAAGUAUCAGCAGGACCAGAUUGUCAAGGAGGACAGUGUUGAGGCGGUUGUGGAACAGCUGAAAGUAUAUAACAAACAGUUCAGAGAUAAGACAGUAGAGUUUGAUACACUAUAUGAAGAAUACACAAGAACAACACAGGAGCUGCAGAUGAAACGUACUGCAAUUGAAGCCUUUAAAGAGACCAUUAAAAUUUUUGAGGAGCAGUGUCUCACACAGGAACGGUGCAGCAAGGAUUACAUGGAGAAAUGUCGCAGGGAGGGUAAUAAUAAAGAGAUUGAGAGAAUCAUGAUGAAUUCUGAGAAACUGAAGUCAAGGGUGACAGAGAUACAUGACAGUAAAAUGAAAUUAGAGCAAGACUUGAAGAAACAGGCCUCUGAAAAUCGUGAGAUUGACAAGAAGAUGAACAGUCUGAAGCCUGACUUGAUGCAGCUACGCAAACUCAGAGAUCAGUACCUCUUGUGGUUGCUGGAAAAGGGUGCUCGCCAGAAAGAUGUUAGUGAGUGGCUGGACAUGAAGAAUGAGCCUGAAGAUCCCUACUCCAUGAUGGAUGAUGAAGACCUCCCACACCAUGAGGAACACACCUGGUACAUGGGGAAGAUGAAACGUGAACAAGCUGAAGAGAUGCUGGCUGGUAAGCCAGAUGGGACAUUCCUUAUCCGAGUAAGCCGUCAGAAAGGUUGCUAUGCCUGCUCAGUAGUGGUGGACAGUGACACUAAACACUGUAUGAUCUAUAAGGCCGCUACUGGAUAUGGCUUCGCUGAGCCCUAUAACCUUUACUCCUCUCUGAAGGAACUGGUUCUGCAUUACCAACACACGUCUUUGGUACAACACAAUGAUGCCCUAAAUGUCACGUUGUCCUACCCAGUAUUGGCUCCCCCACCUCGGUGAGCCUCUUAUUUUUAGUUUUCAAUCACCUUCACCCACUAGAGUAAGGGCUUUCAAGAAUGGAGGCCUUUGGUACUGCUGGAGGUAGGAUGCCCAAAAGGAUACCAACUGAUUCUGAUAAGCAGCUAGCCCUCUGUGAACCUCUGGCAUGUAGUUUGUUACUAGUGGAUGCCUAGCCACUUGUAAUCUGAGAUUGUCUACUUUGGUGUUCUUUGAUAAAAAUCAACCAAACAAAAGGUGUAACACGGUUGCCUUCAACGCCCUCUUUGUUAAUAAAUAACUAUGAAAUAGAGCAUGAUAGACUUAAAAAUGUCUCAACAACUUUAUUAGAGCUACACAAAGUUGGCUAACAGACUGCAUGAAAGGGAUCAGUAAUCACCCAUAAAGCCAGUCUCUGUCAUUUUCUUCAGCCAUGUGUCAAGCCUUUUUUGACCUUUAGAUCUUUGACUCAAAAAAACCCAUUAAUUCACAUAUAUUACAUCUACCGUGACUGGCAAAAGUGUACCCUGUGCUUCUUGUCCAUAGACAUUGUACUUUUUAGGCACGUGGGUGCCUGUCCUGUUAUAUACCUCACAUUUUGCACUGUGACCUUUCCACAACCUUGCACCUCCACGUGACCCUUAUUGGUUCGACAUUGCCCUCUUUAUUAAAUAAUCCCAGAGCUCUGUCUUUGACAUACCAUCUCUGUAGUUUGAAGAAUAUUCACCAUAUGGUUAGUGACCAUCUGACUCGUUACAUAUGCUUACAAAAUGGAUGUGGCAACUGCAGCAGUUUGAUAAGCAGCAUAGAUUUUCCUGCAGUUGAAUAAACAAGCGCAGCUGACUGCAUCUUUUGAAGGAACUGGGCACUGCUUGAAUUUCUGAUAUGCUUGAGAUGACAAGGGAGGGAUAAAACCAGACAAACUGAUUCCCUUCAUAGUCUGAAGACAUAUACCAUAGAAAGCACUCAUGUCUCCCUUAUGGUAUGAGACGUGUGGAACUUACUGUGAGAUGACGGCCAUUCCAUUCUGAAGAGAAUAAUUUCCUGAUGUUUCUGAGGAGGGAAAAGUGAAAUAUGAAGAUAGCACAGUUGGCCCAUUAUUACGCAUCCUGCUGACUGCUUACACAGAGUGCCUUCACAGGGCAGGAGAUGCGAAGUGGUUAAAUAAGGAGUUCUGCAGCAAAUGUGAAGAGGGAAGUGGAGAUUUCCAUCUAACUCCGUGUUGGGUACCUAUGUUAUUCUAGGAUGAUUCCUUCUACUGUUCUUACUUAAAGGGGAUGUUCAACUUUUACAAAGCCCUACCAAAGUGGUAGGAUUUUGCAAAAAAAAAAAAAAAAAUGUUUUUUUUCUAAAUAAAAACGGUUAGCAGAGAUUGAUUGUUUAAAUGUUAUUGUUAAAGUAGUCACAAGAUUAUCAGCUUUGGACAUCCCCUUUAAAACAGAAAGAUGAUUAAAGUUCAAAGUUUUAUUGCCUCUGCAAUUUAGUAAUCACACUUUAUGACUGUUUAUUAUGUAACCAAACUAGUGUUAGAUUUUGGUCUUUCUGUCCACCCAAAAUUUCUCCUUCAUUCCAAGCACAGACUGAUUUCCUCCUGCCAACUGGAUCUUUACCUCUGCAUUUUGUUUACAGAUAUGGGUUCUAAAUACACAUCUUUAAAGUGACAGAGCACAUUAAUCUAAUGACGGUGGUUUUUCCCAACAGAGGUCAAAGCAUUCUUUUUUUUAUAUAUAUAUAUUUGAUUAAAGAAAGUAAGAUUCAGUCUUCUAAUGAUUAAGGACCUGUUUUGGAAUCUAAUCUAAAUGUAGUUAUAAUCAUUUUAAUCUGUGGUUUAUAACUACGAUUAUAACAUGUGCUGGGCCCAUCAUGUAUAAUGUCAUUAGUUAAAGUGGAUAAACCAUUAACACUACUGUCAUCUAAAUUAAUUCCAGUCCCCCCACUAGAAUAUCAACUUUGUCUUCAAAACUAAUGGUGAAGUUGCUUGGCCUUGGAAAAUGAGGGGAAGGCAUUAUAUUAUUUUGGUAAAAUGAACAAAAGUGACCUUGGUGAAUAUUUGCACAGGCCCUUUCUAAACUGUAAAAAAUGUAAUCCAAAAGAAAGACUUGCUUUAUGCUGGUCUAAAAUCCCCUCCCAAACCACUGUGUUUGCACUACAAGAGUUAGGUUACCACAAUGCAUUAUUGCAUUUAUGAAUUUUACAUUCGUUAUGCUCUUUUUGGCAUAUUUCUACAUUUUCUGUACAUUUUUAAGAGGCAAGCUGUUUCCCUGGCAUUUUCAUGGAUGUUACCUGAGGAGCCCUAUUUUUUUUUCUUUAUGUAUUCUGUCACUAGGGUAUUACAUAUGGCUUUAUUAACAAAUGCUUAUAGUACAGGUAUGGGAUCCCUUAUCCGGAAACCCGAUAUCCAGAAAGCUCCGAAUUACAGAAAGCCUGUCUCCCAUAGACUCCAUUUUAAUCAAAUAAUUCAGAUUUUUAAAAAUGAUUUCCUUUUUCUCUGUAAAAAUAAAACAGUACCUUGUACUUGAUCCCAACUAAGAUAUAAUUAAUCCUUACUGGAUGUAAAAUAAUCCUAUUGGGUGAAAUUAAUGUUUUAUUGAUUUCUUAGUAGACUUAAGAUAUGAAGAUCCAAAUUACGGAAAGACCCCUUAUCCGGAAUACCCUUGGUCCCGAGCAUUCUGGAUAAUGGGUCCUAUACCUGUAUUGAGCAAAGAUACCACUGAUGGUGUGAUAUUUGUACCAAAUCCACUGAUUUGAACUCAGACUCUGACUGUCCAACUGGUUGAGUCUUGUUGAUAUAUGAAGGUGGCACAAUACCCACUGACACACAGCAACCCCUUAGUCUUCAGAGUGUUUAAGCUUGCUCAAAUUAGUGGAAUGGCAGCCUGUAUGGCCCAGACUGCUCCUUUCCCACCUAGAAGAGUUUUGGGUGGGGGAGGGGAACACGUAUUGUUUAGUGGUCAUAUCCAUACACAAUUUUUUUUUUUUUUUUUUUUUUAAUAUGGCUACCUGGAAUUUCACUUAUCAGCCAGAUACUAGAGCUAACUGUUCUGUGUGCAUGCAGGCUGACACAAGUAGCAAAUAGCUUUGGAUCUACUCAGAACAGAUUUUUCUCUAACAGUGUUUCUACAACCUCAUGUGCCAUUAGCCUUAAAUUAGACUUUAGUAUGCUGUAAUGGGAACUGCUCUUAGCACCUGUCAGUGGUCUUGUUUAUUGAAUUUGUAUAUUUUCUGAAUUACAAACAUUACUAUUUUGCUUAUCUCUAGCCUGUAACUCACGAAAAGUACUGGCAAAUAAAGGAGAAGGAAUGGCUACAUCGCUGGGGGGUGACAAAAUGUUAUGCAGCCCCCUGGUGACUUUAAUCGCAUGCCUGCUACCCUGGCUGGUGCCCGUUAGGUGAAAACUUCACCGGCUGAGGUGUAUGCGGGUCCUCUUCCUCCUUCAAUCUUUGCGCAUACACAGUAGAAUGAAAAGGCAACUUUAACAAAAAGAAGCUGACUUUUUUGCUCAACUACGCAUGCAUCGGCCCUGGGAUUCUGAAGAAAUUAGACAGGAAGGAAGGGGAACACAGUGAUUUAGCCUUUCUUUCUUCUUUAAGCCCCAGCAAGCAGACAGAAGUAAGAAUUCCAAGCCCCCAUCUACAGAACAAAAAAAAUUAAAUAUUGCAACAAAGACUAACUACAAUAUAUAUUAGAAUACUUCUGUCAACAUAAUACUAAGAGGCAAACGUAUGAAAAUGUGAGAGGGUUUACCACAAAAAAAACUUUCUAUUCAUUCCUGUGCGAUUUUUAAAAGCAUAUGGUGAACUCUAACUUUAAUUCAUUUAUAAAUGAAUCCCAUAAAAAUCCCAUGGAAAUGAAUAGAAAGCAGGUGAUUUUUUUCUGUGGUAAACUAUCAUCUAUAAUCUCACAUAUUCAUAAUCUGCCCCUAAAAGUUCAAUUUAAGGUAAACGACCACUACAUGUUUUUUUAAUGCUGUUUGCCGCUUAAAUUCUAAUAACAUUAAUGAAAUCCCUCUCUGACAGCUACAUAAAGUUAAAACAAUUCCUGAGGACCAUUUAUGUAUGCCUGCAGUGUUUGUUUUAUACCACCCAAGAUCUUCCUAUCAUCUUGGGCAACAAAUAAGCAUCUUUUUCUUUAUUAUGUCCCAUUAUUCUAGGCCUCCUCGAGUGCCUUGUUUUUACUGACUGCCAAAAUGGAAGCAUACUUCUGAUCAUAACCCCUAAGAUUCUGAACUGAAAACACAAGUGAGCACAGUGCUGACAAUUUAUUAGCUUGUUGUGGAAUCUGUGGUCAUGGUCACGGAUUAUAGCUAUUCACUGUUACCUUUUUUUGAGAUUAGUUGGUAAGAAAGGAGAGUGACAGAAAAUGGAAUCUUGGCUGGCCAUUGGGGCUUGCAGCUCAGCAUACAUGAAUGGUCAUUUUUACAGCAUCCAUCAGUCAUCAUAAGAGCAUUUUGCUGUUUGGACAUACGACUUUCAGUAUUUAGUUUCAUUUUGUGUUCACUCAAUCAGCUGAGUUCUCAUGGAGGUGCACUUGUCCCUUGGCGAAGAGUAGGACAGCCACAGGGCUAAAGUCUAGACUAAUGUGGCAGCUUGUCCUUGGGCUGCCAAGGUUAGUGUUUUCUUCUCUCUUUCAUUUUAAGGUGGCUUCUGGAGAGCACACAAGUUAGUUGACUAAUAGUUUAGGGUGCUUCUGUAGCUAAUUCAUAUUAUCUCCCUGGUGUAAUACUGAAUCCCUUUUUAGGUAAAGAUACAUGCUGCAUUUUUGUUGCAUGGAUUUUUUUUUUAAUAAAAAUAGUUCCAGAUUAGGAAAAUUAGCCAGCCAUAUUACUAGCAGCCAUUUUACUAUGUGCUGACCUGGAUUGAUUAUUCUUUUACUAGGAUAAUUCUUUCUAGUUACUUCUAGACACCACAUUUUUGCCUUUGUUUCACCUUCUAAAAUGAAUGUCCCUUCUGUAGAUUCUAUGCAUUCUGGUUGUUUCUGACAAGUGCUAGGGUAUUGUCUGGGUAAUCUGUCAGUGCAACCAUCACUUAGCCUGCCUCCUACCUACCUAUUCAUGAUGCCAUUGCAUUUCAUGUCUCUUUAAUAACUUGUUUUUUAUUUUAAAGUGUAUCUCACCUUUGUUUCUCCAAAGUACUUAUUAACAUAUCUUUAUGUAUAAGCUAUUUUAAUUCUUUUGCAUUUAAAAGUGUUUUUGCAGCAACUAUUUCUGGGUAUCUCCUGCAGCAUAAGGUAUAAUUGCACUAAAGCUAUUUCCAAGAGCAAGACACAAUAGGACAAUGUUUACAGUGUGUUACAUGUUUUAGAAAGGAGCUCUCUCUAAAUCCCUACAAGCCAGUCUCAUCCUUUGAGAGAGUCACUCACCACUUAGUGUGGUAUACCACUGUGUAGAAAAGUAAAGAGACAGAUGUAUUGUAUAUUAGACAUCAUGCUGCACUAGCACAGCCCUAAAAAGAAGAAGCAGUUUUGUUUUAUUCACCCAUAUCGUUUCAACAUGUGCGUAAAAAGGCAGAUGGGCUCAUUUACCAACAAUGGGCAAAUUUGGCUGUGGGUGGUAACCCAUAGCACCCAACCAGCGAGUGGUUUUUUUCAGCCAGCUGCAGGUAGAACAAUAAGUGCAACAAUUUGAUUGGUUGCCAUGGGUUACUGCCCAUGGGCAAAUUUGCCUAGUGUUGAUCAGUGACCACCACUCUGUCUUUUUAACCAUGCCUAUCAGUAAAAAUAUGACCAUGCUUCUUGCUCUCCUCUUCCCCCACACAAUAAGCUGUAGGGCACCCAGUUCUGAUGAUAAGCAUUUAGCAUGAAUCCUAAUGUAGAUGCGUAGUGUCUUUUUGUGCCACUAUUUUGGAAAACAUCUAUUCAUAAAUAAUUUAGCCCUAUGCUGCUGGAGACCGCCCCCAGUUAAUAUCUGCACUAGUACUACACUAAACUACAUUUAUAAAUUGUAUAUCUCAGCCUAUUCCUAAUUGUAUUUUAAUACUUACCUUUUGUCUUUUGAAUUUAAGCUAACUGUGAAAAGACUUAUCUUGCAGAGAAUUUGCCUUACUUUGUUAUAGGUCAGUCCAAAUCUUGAUUCUGCUGAGUUGCUAGUAGGACACGGGUUGGCUGAAAGACCCCAGAUGCUCUCUUUAACCUAGUUCUUUAUUCCCUAACGUCCUAUGAAAUAAGCUGGUUUCACUGUGUUACAUGCACACUUUAUUUUGCUAUUUUCUUUGCCACAGAAAGCUUUUACCUGAAAGAACUGUACUUGGCUCAAUGUUUUGUAACCUUCCUCUUCUUUACGCAUUAACGUCCUGUGUUGCUUAUUUUUGCAUUAGAAUUGCUUUGAAUGUUUUAUGCUCAUUCUGUUUAAAAAGAAAAACAGUUUACUAAUGUAAACCCAGUAUUUGUUUCCAAAACUGGUACUCUAAAUCUACAUUUUUUGUAUGGUACUUAAACAAAUUAAAAGUAUUU